UAAUAAAAGCUUGACGAGACGAGGGGAGGAGACGACGACCCUCGCCGCCAUUGAUUACUCACAUAUUCGUCUCUGCGCGCCUCACCGGCCUAACCCCCGCCGAUCUUCAUUUUCUCUUUGGCUCUGCCUUCAUCAUUCAUGAUAGCAUAAUGGAGCAGAGAGCUAUGGAGAUGAAGACGUGGAACAGUGGUGUUGUUUUAUCCCGCGCUAGAUCUGAUGGUGAUCGCCGAAGUGUGGUUUCCACCAAUAAUGAGCAAUUGUUUGAAAGUGCCUCAGCCCGUAGAGGGGGCAUUACAACAAUCUCAAGGAGUUAUUUUCAUGGUCAGACCAACUCACUUAUCACAAAUGAAUCAAGGCAAGAUUCCCUUGGUGGGAUUAAUCAUGGAGGUCUCAGAAGGAGAGUUUCACGUAGCCUCACAAGAGAUUUGGGUGAUCAGAUGUUGGAGUCAAUCAGUAUUUCAAGGGAAUUAACAGGCCAGAUACUUGGAGAGGUUGACAGUUCUAUUGUCGCGCAAAUAGGAGAUAGUGGGGAUCGCUCAAUCCGAAGUAGUCAUGAAUAUGACCAUGAGCUUAUGGGGGUCCCCACUGAUAAAGAGAAUAACACUGAGAAUGGGCUCCAGCGUUCAGCCAAUGAUGUUGAGAUUGUAACAGAUGGUUUUCUAUCUAGACAUCCUGGUUCGAAGUUGGGCUCUCCUUCUUGUCUCUUGGAGGCUGAUAGUUUGUUUCCCCUUCCUGCUGCUGAUCUGAUGUUGCAUGUUACAGAGAAAGAUAUGGUGCAGAACAUGGAUGUUUCAUCAAAACAGGAUGUACAGAAUAGACUGCCUCCCAGGCUAGACUAUGUUUCAUACUUGAUCCACUUGGCUGUUUUUGGAAUUCUCGGGGUUUUAACAAGAUAUUUACUGGAAAGGCUAUUUGGUCCGGACCUUCUUGCUCUUACAGGGGAUGAUACACCCCUUUACCUUGAUCUCCCCUCCAACAUGUUAGGUUCUUUUCUUAUGGGCUGGUUUGGCAUUGUAUUCAAGGCUGAUGUACGUGCUAUAUCUGAACAUCUGGUGAUUGGAAUAACAACUGGCUACAUGGGAAGUCUCACAACUUUUAGUGGGUGGAAUCAGAAAAUGCUCAACUUGUCUACCAAGGGUCACUGGGCAUAUGCGGUCGCAGGCAUUAUUUUAGGCAUGUUAAUUGUAAAUGAAUGUAUCAAUAUUGGGGUGGAAUCUGCUGAGUGGCUGCGCAGAUGUUUUUUGGAAUGGAUUGAAAAUUGUCCGGAGAGAACCAAAACUAUACUUAAGAACAUGAGACUAGAUACAUUUAAAUGGAAUGUUAUCAUUAUGAUAUUCAUGCUAGUGAUAUGGGCAUCAUUAUGGGGCUUGAGUGGCACAUUAGCUGGUAAAGAAUUAGACAAUCUCACCAGUGGCGCUAUACUCUGGCUGGGCUGCUUGGCAGGACCUGUUGGUGUUUGGGCUCGAUGGUACCUUGCUAGACUUAAUGGCCAGGGCCUGGGAAAGAAGGGAUCACUCAAAUGGCUCCCUAUUGGGACACUAUUGGCUAAUUUUCUUGCAGCAUGCUUUAUGGCAGCUCUUACAACAAUCAGCAAGGCGGUGAAUACUAAAAGGUGCACAAUCAUUUUGAGCGGGGUCCAAUUUGGUUUCCUUGGCUGCUUGAGCACUGUAUCUACCUUUGUUGCAGAAGUCUAUGCCAUGAGGCAUAGUGGGCACCCUGGGAGAGCUCUAUCCUAUGCAUUAUUGACUAUCCUCCCCUCAUUUGCUGCAGGAAUUCUCAUCUACUCCAUACCAGUAUGGACAAAGCAUUACCAUUAGGUACAUGGCCCCCAUGACUGAGUCAAUAUAUUAUAUAUAUAUGGAUAGAGCCGCGUUCCCAUUUCAGUUGGAUAGAGUUGCAUUCCCGGUCAGUUGGUAAAGCAUUCGCUUUGACAGUGUAAGUCCCCUCUGGUAUGUGGUUCGAACCCUGCCUCUGACGACUGUUGCCUAAAAGGAGGGGGUACUCGAAUAUUUUAGGCUCAUGGGGUCCUGGCUUGUGCUACCUAGCGAUGUUGGCAAAGCCCAAAGGAAUUAGUUGGCAGUUCCGCCCUCCGAGCAAUUUUUAAAAUUAUAUAUAUAUAUAUAUAUAACUUUUGCCUAAAAGGAGGGGGUACUCGAAUAUUUUAGGCUCAUGGGGUCCUGGCUUGCGCUACCUAGCGAUGUUGGCAAAGCCCAAAGAAAUUAGUUGGCGGU